AUGAUCGACUCGCUUGCCAUUUUGGUCAGGAAUGAAGCCGUUGGCCGCUUCUUGAAGCUACAACAGGAGGAGCUUUGGGCCCAGCUCCUGCGCACGUUCGCACUGAAGCGUGGUGCGGCGCGACGGGUGUCUUUCCGGACUUUGACAGGGGAGGCUAUGGAGUUGACAUUACAGCCGAAGCAGACACUCUUCAAUGCCAAGCAGGCCCUCUUGAAGAAGGUCGCCGUUAAUCGUCCAGGUGUAGAACGGGGGCAUCGACGGGAUGCAGAGUUUUUUCACGGAGGUGAACGCUUGGCGGAUCACACGAUUGCAGCCAUGCUGCCUGAUGAGGUCUCCGUGGUCUUCAAGCAGGUGAAGCGCAUUUUAGAUUCAGAUUCUGAAGGCUCAGCAGAAUAUGAGUACUCCCCAAGGUGGCCAAGGCGCCAUGAAGAUUGA